AGGAGACGUGUCCCACUUUCAGAGCAGCCUGAGCGGACAGAUGGAGGCAGAGAGCACCGGUGGAGGCAACAUGGAGGAGAAACAAGCAGCAGAAGUGACAGAAAACCCGUUUGAACCCUUCAUUGAGUCUCUGAGACAGCAGCUGGAAGACCAAGACCCCGUCUUCCUGAUCGGACUGAUCGUUGCUCUGGCGGUGGUUGUCAUCACCUGUGUGUUUCUGAAGUAUUUCCUCUCCAGUAAAACUGUCCGCAGUGCUGUGCUGCUGGUCGGACUGUGCGACGCUGGGAAAACCCUCCUUUUCAGCAGGCUGUUGUCAGGAAAGUUCAAGCGGACACAGACCUCCAUCACUGACAGCAGUGCUCCAUACAAAGCCAAAAACGACAGGGGCAGCUCCUGGACUCUGAUUGACCUGCCCGGACAUGACAGUCUUCGCUCUCAGUACCUGGAGAAGUUCAAAUCUGCAGCCAGAGCGAUUGUGUUUGUCGUGGACGGCGCUAUUUUCCAGAAGGAGGUGAGAGACGUGGCAGAGUUCCUCUACAUCUUGUUGACGGACACAGUGAUCUCCAGGAAUGCCCCAGCUCUCCUGGUGGCAUGCAACAAACAAGAUAUCACCAUGGCAAAAUCAGCUAAACUGAUUCAGCAGCAGCUGGAAAAGGAAUUGAACACCUUGCGAGUGACACGCUCUGCGGCCCUGAGCGCUCAGGACGGCUCUGUGGGCGGCAGCGUGUAUCUGGGGAAAAAAGGCAAGGACUUUGAGUUCAGCCAGCUGCCCCUGAAGGUGGAGUUCCUGGAGUGCAGCGCCCGCGGCAGCAAGGGCGAAGACGGGGAUGCAGACAUUGAGAGCCUGGAGAAGAGCCUGGCUAAAUUGUAAAGUCAACAACUCAAUAUCAUCAGUGCAGAAUAUUGACUCCGGCACAGACCUCGGCUCAACGUCCACCGUCGCCUCAGUAAUCAAAGGAGGGAUGACAUCUCAGUGGAGGAUUGUGCUGGCUGUCACCGCAAAACGUAAUUACAUUAAAAGGUGGAAGAACUUUUGAGACAGAUUGAAUCAAAAAAACACCAAAAAGACUGAAAAUAAUGUAGCAGUUUAUCAGGUCGCUCCGCAGUGCUGAGAAAUGAUCGUGUGCUUAUUCAGCGUAAAUCUUACUGUGAAGAUCCACCUUAAAGCGUUUUAUUUGGCUUGUUUGGAAAAUAUAUAGUUUAAAGAAUUUUGGUUGACUGCGAUAUUUGCUGUUGCUGCAAUUAGGAUAUAUCUCAGCUAGUCUGAUUUAUACGCUGCCUUGUGGAAACAGAUGGACGUGAAUUGGAUUUCUUCAUUAACUUGGAUGGUCAGCCUCGUGCCUUUUUUCCGGUAUUCUUAUAGAAAAGUAUUUUGCUUGUUUGCAAUAGAAUUUACUUGUUUGAAAGUGUUGCAUGAAUACAGUGCAUUUGCAAUGAAUGUAUGAAUUUAUUGAGAUUUUGUGUUGUGUAAAAAAAAAAACUGACAAUAUAAAGUUUUUGAAGCUUGA